AUGGCUGUGAAUGCAAUUUUGUCACUUUUUUGUAUGACUUUGGUGUACGCUGAAGACGAAAAUCGUAUUCAAACACUACAAAAUGAUGUUGACACCUUGCGCGUUAUGGUACAACAGCUGACUACCGAAAAUAAAUUAUACAAAACUAAUAUGGAACUGAUGACGGAGAAGAUGAGACAGCUGGUGGAAACCAAAUUUGAUAGAGAACUUUCUGGACCAAAACAUCAAGAUAAAAGACUUCUGAUAACUGACCAACCACCAGUAUCAACAUCCCACCAUGUUGCAUUUUAUACCCAGUUGACGAAAACUUUACAUCUAGCGACUCAGCAGAUGGUUGUAUUUGACCACAUAGAACUUAAUCAUGGUAAUGCGUACAGUUCACUAGAUGGAGAAUGUGUGUGCACCGUGCAAGGAACGUAUGUCUUGUCUUGGACAAUCACCUGCUCAGAUAACACAGCGAUUGAGACAGAGUUGGUUGUCAAUGGAAUCGUAAAAGGACACAUUUUCACGGAUGCUGGAGACCAUGCAGACUAUGAAACAAAUUCGGGAACGGCUGUACUAGAUCUUAAAGUUGGUGAUCGUAUAUGGAUCAGAGUUCGACAUGUAUACAAUGGACAGAUAGUUGGAAAUGGACAUGGAUCUUCCACGUUUUCAGGAUUUCUCGUCAACCAACAGGCUAUUUGA